AUGGUCGCAUCUCCAUACUACUUACCCCAAUACACUACCACUACCGCUCCUGGUCCGGCGCGGAAUCAUUGUGAUCACCAUUAUCACCAGCAUAGUGCAGCAUCUUUCUACCAGUCUACCAAAGCUACCAAUCAAAGCAGUUAUCCUUACAGUGCCAACGCUGUACCAUCAUCCUCCCAUUACAUCAGACGUACGCCCCCAAAACCGGUCAUAGCCAGACCCCUCUUCAAACCUACGCUCCCAAAAGACCAAACCGAUCUCCGGGUGCGCUUAUUCCAUCAACUCAGAGACACAAGUCUCCGUUCACACGUUCCAGGCGGCUUCCCGUUCCGCCAUACCCUCAGCGACUUGAAAGGGAAGACCAAAGUCAGGGUGUCGUAUGAACCGUACGAUAUACGUCUUUCUAAUGAGAAUAUCGGUCCCAACGAGAGUAUUGGGAUUGUUUACAAAGGACCUGUCUCCGCGAAGCAUGCGGGGAAUAAUAAUGAUGCUUUUGCUGCGGGUGGAUCAUCCGGCCCUCGAUCAUCUCCGCAAUAUUUUACUUGGGAAGCAUAUGCCUCGGUUCGCGAGGCCCGCUGGAACGGGCAAGGGUAUAUGUACUCGAAAUCUUCUCAUAAAACAAUCCUAGCUCAAGUCCGCGUUGACCCAGCUGUUAUGCACACUUCCUACGGCAAAUUCCUUCGAACCGAUUCCCGAGCCAUUUCUCGUGCACUUGCCAUCUCCCUCGAGCUCGGUGUCCUGAUAACCAUCGUCUCCGAGGACGAAAACCUCAAUUCGUGUAUCGACAGUAGCUUGUUAGCAAGAUCCAUGAUGAGACACAGACGGGAUGGCGACGUCCAAGUUGCUCCGGAGUAUUUGCGGUACUGGUCUAAAUGUAUUUCGACCGACGAAUAUGAAUAUGGAUAUGGUGAAAAUGGACUCGAAAAAUCGAUAUUAUACAUCGGUACAACCAAUAAUGGACACGUGGAUUUGCUGUACUCGUAUCCGAACAGGCGCUGA